CGGCGGGCGCGGCGGGGCCGGCGGCUGGCCCUCCCGCAGGCUCUAACCAGCCAAGGUUCGAGUCCGGGCACCGCCCCAUCGGCCUCGGUCCCGUCACUGCCUCCGUGGGCCACAGUGUCCUCGUCUUUAAGUGGGCACGACGACGCCCACCGGGAGGCCUGGUCCACAGGGCGCGCCUUGGGUGCUGCGUGAAUGUGCCUCCCUCCAUUAAAUCCAGAGCUCCGGAUCCCUGCCGGGCUGAGACCAGACGAAGAGCGCUUUGAUAGGGCCAGGAGGCGUGAUGGGGCCGGGAGCUUCCACCCCUGGAUUCACAUUUUUCUCUGCCACUCAGUACAGCAGGAUGGAGUCGGGUGAGGAGCCGGAGGAAGAGGACUCUCCAGGCGGCCGGGAGGAUGGUUUUACCGCUGAGCACUUGGCUGCAGAGGCCAUGGCAGCUGACAUGGACCCCUGGCUGGUGUUUGAUGCCCGCAGUACGCCCGCCACUGAGCUGGAUGCCUGGUUGGCCAAAUACCCACCAUCCCAAGUUACCCGCUAUGGGGACCCUGGCUCACCCAACUCAGAGCCUGUGGGCUGGAUCGCAGUGUAUGGGCAGGGCUACCUCCCCAAUUCUGGUGAUGUACAGGGUCUGCAGGCAGCUUGGGAGGCUCUGCAGACUAGCGGGCGGCCCAUCACACCCAGUACCCUGCGCCAGCUGGCUAUCACUCACCAGGUGCUCUCAGGCAAGUGGCUGAUGCACCUGACACCUGGCUUCAAGCUGGACCAUGCCUGGGCUGGCAUUGCCCGAGCCGUGGUCGAAGGCCAGCUUCAGGUGGCCAAGGUGAGCCCACGGGCCAAGGAGGGUGGGCGCCAGGUCAUCUGUGUUUACACAGAUGACUUCACGGACCGCCUGGGUGUACUGGAGGCAGACACAGCCAUCCGGGCUGCAGGCAUUAAGUGCCUGCUCACCUACAAGCCUGAUGUCUACACCUACCUGGGCAUCUACCGAGCCAACCGCUGGCACCUCUGCCCCACUCUCUACGAGAGCCGUUUCCAGUUGGGAGGUGAUGCCCGCGGCUCUCGUGUGCUUGAUCGAGCCAACAAUGUGGAACUGACCUAGUGGGGCCAGGCAAACAAGACCACCUUGGGAUGGACCAUCCAUGCCAGUAUGGAUGUUCCCACCUUCCUCCUUGUCACCCCAAGGAGGCCAGGCCCCAGCUUUGAGGACUGGGUUAGCUCUUUUGGAAACUGCCUGCAUCUUUCAUUCCCUUGAAUCUCUGCCCUCUGAUCAGGACUAAUGCCAGCCCCCACAAGUGGCGGGGCUCUGGCUUGCUGAGGGCCGGGCCCUCAGCCUCUCUUCGCUGCUGCUCCCCUCAACCUCCCAGGACCACAGGCCGGGGCCAGACGCUGGGGGAGAGCCGUCCUUGGCCACCCCCGUCACCCCACCAGGCUGCACCUUGCCUCCUCCUGCACUGUCCCUUUCCCUUCCUCCUUCACGAGGGAGAAAACUCAGUGCUUCCAGUCUUUCCCCUUGGAGCCUUCUAAGUCCACAGGGCAGGGGUCCUGCGGGCCUGAGCAUGCCAUUGGGGGUAGAGAAGUAGUUGUGUCACUCAGCCCCUGGCAGAGAGAGGGGACACCAGGGCCCAGGUCACCGGGCCUGCCCCUCCGUGAGAUUUACAGCCUGCACCACCUUCCUCCCCUCCUCAGAUAUCUUGUCACGUGCCUGCUCCUGGCAUUUCAAUAAAGCCCAGCUUGGGUCUGUGUCUUGAGUGUUUUUUAAGGCUGUAUUGGUGGUUACCUCCUUUGGCUGCUGAAGAGAUGCAGAGCCAGGAGAGGACUGCUCCCCAGGCCUGGCCUCCUGUCUGCCCACGGUACUAAGACAUGCCUCACCAAGGCCCGGCUCCUCUCAGAACCUCUGUGAAGCCAGCCCUGCUUGUCCCAUCCCAAAAAUCAGAAUCAGUGAUUUCCUAUAAAUGCAAGGGCUUGGCCCUUCCAGAAAGGCCCAAGGGGCCACUAUUAGCCUCAUUUUUAGGUGUGAUAUAUGUGCCUGUAUGUGUAUAGCAUAAUGUAUUUGGGCAUAUUAAAGAAAGAUGCCCGCUGGGAGAGGCAGCCUGGGCAGGCCUCAUGGUUUGGUGAAUGGAGAAUGGGCUGCAUUUCAGUGUCCUAGGCUGGACACACUAGUGCAGGGAACAACCUACACAACCUUCAGUGAUGGUCCUGGAAGGUCUCCCAUUUAUACUCACCUCUCACACUGCCCUGUCAGAGGGGCCACUGGACAGUUUGCAGAGCACUUCCACAUGCAUCAUUGAAUUCUCACGUCUUUCUGAAAGAGGUAUUGGCCCCAUUCUGUGGUCAGGAACACUGAGGCCCAGAGGGGAAAGGGAGUUCCCCAGGAUCAUGUGGUGAGUUGAGCAGAGAGAGCUAGAAUUUGCACCCCACCCCUGCCUCCUCUGCCUCUAAGAGGAAACCUCACCCACGGUUAGC